AUGUCUUCCGAAAAUGAUCCACCUCCGAAACCAGCUGCAUCUUCCUUUGCAGACGUUUUCAAGACAUUAGCAUCAGGUCGCCGGAAAUCUCUCUCGCCUCUCUCAGCUUCCGAUAGCCCUAGCGAAUUCCCAAGCCAUGGCAUCGACACUCGCAGGGGUUCCCGUGUGACGUUUGGAUUUGAAGGGAUGUCGCGCGGAAGUAUCUCCAACAGUUCCUUAGACCAUGCCGCCGUUCCGAGUUAUGAGGCUGCGCUCGAGAAUCUCAAAAAUCCGGUGCUCGCUAUAGAUGAGGUGGAGGUUCUUGCCAAGCACUCGAGCAAAUUCACACCGGAACAAAUCAUAUCUCUGUGGGAAGCGAGCUCAUAUCUCCUCUGUCAGCCCGACUUUGACGAUGCCCGGCAACGAUCAUCUCGAUUUCUGGAUACAAUCGUGGGGCGACCGGAUUUGUCAACAGACCUCAAGACUCAACUAUGCAAGAGUAUAUUAGUUCCCACGCCGGCUGACGUGAUACCUACACGAGUGAAUGCUCUCAUUACGCUGUCCGACAAUGGCAGAAAAUUGGACAUCAUGCAGGUCAAUGUCCUGCCCGCCCUAGCGGUUGCCCUAUUUACGUUGUUCAAGGCCGUCGCCAACCUGCGGUCAAAAGCAAAGAAGAGCAAACAACCGCGGACUAUUGAACUUGAAGAAUCGCACUUGGAAAACCUUUUUGAUUUUAUCCUCAAUGUCAUCACUCUUCAGAAUGUUCCACUUGAAGAGAACGACACGGCAUCACUACUUGAAGAAGUUCUGAAGGUUUGCAGGAAAACAGCAUCUCCUGACGAUCUGAAGAGUGCGCUCUCUAUAUUCGACGCCAUUAUCUCCUGCGCCGAAGUGCCUGAUGAUAGUUUUGUUCCGCUAUUAGAGGUUUUAUGCAGCAUCCACGCUUCUGUGAAGACUCUCGCUGGCCGCACUUCUCAGGUGAUGCGCAAUAUUGUCAAAUCGUCCAAAAGGUUGGCCAUGCUUGAGCUACUAUACUCAUUCCUAGAGGAGGUUCCCGAAGACCAUGGCCGAAAUCUGAAUGUAGUGCGUGGCGCGGUUGAAACAUUCACAGACAUCAUCCGUUCUCAUGACCGAAAAAAAUUACCCGAACUAUCAUUUACAAGAUUGAUCAACUGUCUUCAGGCAGUCGUGCCACAAAAGAGUGGAAGACUUCAUGCAGCUACUCUUGACUUAUGUGCAAAUCUUUUAGAUGGCGAUUUUGUUUCCAUCUGCAUAGAGGAACCUGACUGGAAGAGCUUUGCGAAACUUCUGAUUGAAUGCUCUCGCGGAUUUGGACAAGAAGUCACCGAGAGCGCACAAUCUCCUGUUGUUUCCCCAACGAGAAGUGUGACACACGACGAUCAUCUUGCAGCUAGCGUUUCUCGACUGUCAGCCCUAAUCGAGCAAUUGUGGGAACAGUUGAGCUCCGAACAAAAAUCCGAAAUUAGUCUCUUUCUAAGGACAUCACAUCGUUAUCUUUCACCAACCCAGGCGCGUCUUCUGAUUAAUCAUAUUAAAAUGAAGAAAUCUUACUUUCCAGGGACAGAUAAUUGGGAUCAGGAUGCCAAGUGGCUGGUUGAUUCGUUCAUUCAGGCGCCCGGUAAGGUGUCAGAUGUGCGUGCCUCUGCUUUGGAGGCACUUGAAGAUGCCAUGUUCCAGGAUAACAAUUUGAUCAAUUUCGAGCAAUCUGGUGUAAUAGACCUUUUACUUCGGAAUUUUGCAGAUGAGAAAGACACAAUCUACAUGUCGUCGCUUGUUUCAGUGAUGAUUGAAAUUGCGGCACGGGCGAAUAGUGACCUGUUUCAUGUUAUUAUUGAUGCCCUGAGCUCACCCAUGAGUUCCGACUUGCUUGAAGAGGAUGACCCAGUUGUUUUGAGCGGACAGCUAUUACAAAACCGCCGCAAUUCUUCUUCCGUUCUCGGGCCAUCUCUAUCAAAUGUUUGCAUGAUGGGUCUUGUUCGACUAUUCCUCCGGUUUUUGAACUUAUCGGCCCAACGUGCGGCUUUGUUGUUCGAAACUUUUAUUUUCGUUGUCAAGACGUCAAGAAAAAGACCAGCCGACGCCAUGCUCACAGUUCUCAAGCUGUUAUUCCGAUUACGCUGCGACUCGUCCGGCGCAAUCUGGGUCACCACAGACAUUGAAAAUGACUUUCUAGUGGCUGUACUGAGUCGAAGCCUAGAUGUUGGAGUCAAGCAGUCUACAACUACAGAAGGAUCCAUUCUGGAGAGAUCCUCUGUGAAUAGUGAUGACGGUCUUACUGCAAGUACAGGACGACUGUCUCUGCGCAAUCAAUCUGUAUCCAUUGAAACGCAAAGGUCGAUGCCUCGCAUGAGUAGUUCCUACUUGCGAGGCAGCACAAAGUCAUUGCCUCCAAGUUGGGUGCAAUUAGACUCAAGUCUCCCCAACGAACCAUCAACAGCUGCAAGUCCAUUUGUCUAUGCUUACAAGACGGUAGCUGAAGGGGAUACCGAACUAUCGGAUCCAGCCACGGGAGUGUUAAAAAUAAAUGUCUAUCUAGAGACGAUCAUCGAUCUGCUCCAAAAACGCGAUACCCCGUGGGAUGUUUACAGCUACAUUCUCGCACAUCUCGGUCCGCAACUUAGCAACCGGGAUUUCUUUUCCAGCGCAGUCCCACAGAUUCAGAUGCUUCGCAACAUACUCUGCGGUCAGAUCAAGGGCGAAAUGUUUCGGGAGCCGCCGGCUAUAGCUGGUAUUAAAAAAGCUGAUGUCGCUAUCUGCAUUUUUGAUUGCUUGGCCAUGCUUGUGGGAUUUCACCAAUACUUUGCGAAGAGCGAGCAAGAUGAGUUGGUACGCGCAUUCAUGCUCGGAAUUGGAUCUUGGGACGGUACAUCCAGAGGAUGUAUUCACGCUUUGUCUGUGUGCUGCCACGAGAUGCCGUUAUCAGUGACGAAGUCAUUAAAUACUAUUCUUGACAAAAUGUCGAAAGUGAUUACAAUGGCCCACGUGGCAGUCCAUAUAUUGGAGUUCCUAGCACUUUUGGCUCGACUCCCUGAUGUCUACGUCAAUCUUCGGGAAGAAGAGAUUCGUACCGUCUUUGGUAUAUGCAUUCGCUUCAUCCAGACAAGUAGGGAGCAACGAUUGAAAAGCGAAUCGGCAGCUGCUCGUGCCAGUACAAUACCCGCAAGGCUUAGUGGUGGCUUGAGAGAAAUAGCCGCAAUGCAACCUGAAUCCUCCGAAGCGAACAUAUGGCAGGAGAGCAUGUCCAACUAUGUGUACACACUGACGUACCACGUUUUGGUGUUUUGGUUUCUCUCGCUCAAGCUUCAAGACCGCGCGAAUCACGUGAACUGGAUAACAAAUCGCCUCGUUUUUACGGAUGAGCUGGGCCAGGAGGUAGUAGAAGAGCAAACGGAAGUGUUUAUCGAUUUGAUGCAGCGUGUGACAUACUCGGACUUGGGUGAUACGAUACCUUACGAAACCUUCCCUCCAUCGCCAGAGGACGGACCCGUCAGCAGCAAGUCAUGGGUUGUUGGAAUGAGUAUUAUCACGGUUGAAACUGCGGUUGUUUCCGGAUUGACACAAAUCACCAAACGAAUGGCCUCUGGGACGACUUAUGCCGAAUACCGUCAACGUACUGCACCCGUGCUACCUCAUCAGAUACCUGCCACGCCGGAUACACUAUCAACUUUCGAUGCGGCAAGUCGAACGGCCAUUCUGCCUUCUCAUGUUUUGCUUCAGAUGGUCACUUCUGCAUUUCCUACACCAAAAGUCUCACAGCCCAUACCAUUACCCGACGAUGCCAUGACUCGUCGAGCUAUCAGCUCAUUUGAUAGGAAUGAUAUUGUCGAUGGGCACAAAGUUGGUGUCAUAUUCAUUGAUAAGGAUCAAACCACAGAAGCCGAGAUUUUGGCAAACACAGCUGGCAGUCCAGACUACAAUCAUUUCUUGAACGGUCUCGGUACUAGGGUUUCUAUCCGAGGGGCACAAUUCAACACGCAGGGUCUUCACAAUGACAUCGAUGGCGAAUUCACAUACGCCUGGAGAGAUCGCGUGACUGAAAUGGUCUAUCACGUAACCACCAUGAUGCCCACGAAUCUUGAAAGUGAUCCGGCCUGCGUUGCCAAAAAGCGUCAUGUCGGCAACGACUUUGUCAACAUCAUCUUCAACCGUUCCAACCGACCAUUUAACUUCGAGACCAUCCCAUCACAAUUCAACUCGAUCAAUAUCGUCAUCACCCCAGUCUGUCGUAUCGCCGAAUCCGACUUUAGCAACGACCCAGACACCGCUCGCGACUACAGCAAAUCCUUUUACGUCGUCAGAGUGAUGAGCAAGCCUGGCCUUCCAGAACUAUCACCUGCAUCAGCCCCAAAAGUCAUUUCCGGCAACAGUCUAGCCGCAUACGUACGCAUCCUAGCCAUCAACGCCUCCGUGUUCUCCUUGGUAUGGAAUCGCGAAGGUGGCGAACACAUCUCUUCAUGGAGGAACCGACUGCGCGAAAUCAAGCGUUUACGUGACCGAGUCAUGACGUCCCGCGCGUCUUCGGUCGAUGCAACCGAGAGCGGGUUUUUGGGUCAUCGCCGUAAUACACGCACAAACAUUCAUGUUGAGGAUGAGAUGGCGAGUCAACGAGCACAUAUACGUCCUGACGUGUCCGGGGAAUGGAAUGUCGAUAACGUUUCUCAGGCGUUGGACUUUUCGCGAUGGACCCGGUAA